CGUUAGGGGCGCAACAAUGUUUCAGUGUAUACAAGUCUUUCACCCUCUCCGCCAAGCAAACCACAUUCAAUGAGCUAUCUUACUUCAGUACGCAAUUCUCUAAAGAGAACACUCGGAGCUCCGUCGCGAUAUGCAAGUGCGAGGUGUGCUAACAAAGCAGACACCUUGUCAAGCCGACGGUAUGAUGAUGGAAGACGGUACACUAGUACGAUGCAUGACAAUGAUCCAGAGACGCUGGAGCGAGAGAAACGAAGAAACUUGUCCGGCACCCAGCUUGAAACUUCCGCGAAUGAUGAUGCACCAGGGUGGAACGAAAAUCUCGCGUCUGAAUCUGAAGCACACGUGAAGGCUGAUCGCUCUUCCGUCACAUUUAAUGAUCUUCAGCGCAAGACGAUUGAUUUUGUUAAUGCAAAGCACCAAGCAGACGAGCGAAUGGAUCACAGAGAGGCAUCCUACCUGAAAGACGAAGUAACUGGUCCCCUUGGCACCGCGAGAGUGGGUGAGUUCGAGGGCGUUGUUGGUGCCGGUGAUCUUGGAAUAGAUCAGGAGGGCACUGACAUAGAUUCAGACGGGCGUACCAUUAAGCGGCACAUCGUCUAUGAGGAGACAAUCGAAGUUGUGAGAGAGCCCUGUCCAACGGAGAGCGAGGCUGAUGUAAAGGCAGAUCGCGGGGAAUAUUCUUGAAUCACGCCUGUUAACAUCGCGCGAUUAAUGUCGCCCUUAUUGAAUCGAUACUCAACUUAGCCGUAGGCCUAUAUUCCAUUCACUAAAUCAUGCCGUAUGCUCCGAAGUGU